AUGCCUCCAAGCAUAAAUAUAAGAAACAAAUGUCCAAAUGGAGAACAAGGUGACCACCAAAUUGGAAACUGUAAAUGUUAUGGUAGUUUCAAGGCAUAUUUGAGAAAUUUAAACACCAAUCAUGAUGGUCCAAAAUACAGGGUAUGUCGUCAUAAGAGUAACAGAAUACCAAGGAUCAAUAGUUUAAAAUAUGGUGGAGGAGUUCUUACUGAUUUAAAUGGAAAUGGACUUACCACUGAACAUACUGAGAUAACGGAAGUAUACACUUACUAUAGCCCAACUUAUGACACUGGUGAUGAUUGGAAUAUAGAGAAGCCUCUUCUGCUUAUAAUCAAAGAACACGGCAGCACACAGUAUCACUGGUAUGAAAAUACUGCUGAAUCAAAUACAAAAUGGAAUGCGAUACCAAGUGUAGAUACACAAUUUAAUGGUGGACUCACCCCAACUCCAGAAUUUAGAGAGAAACUCAUUAAACUCACCUGUGAUCUCUACAAUCUUCAUAUCGUCGACAUUCAUGCAAAAGAUAAUUAUAGAUGUGCAUGCGGUGAGAAAAAUGUCACAAUUGUUCCUGUUGAAUCGGAAAGAAGUACUGAUGAUGGAUAUACUAAAUACAAGCACGAGUACGGUAAAGGUACUAGGUCAAUUAGGUAUGGUGAGGUUGAGAUUAAAGAUGAAGAUGGUGGAUCCCUUCCACUUGAUAGUAAUCACACUCGUGAACUCUUCGUCUAUUACUGGGACAAAGACAAGGAGCGUACAAAACCCCUGUUAAUGGAGGUAUAUGUUCGAGGUUUUACUGAAAAACCCGUUCCAGUUGCUAAUAAUGGAAAGGAAGAUAACAGUGAGUGGCAAAUGAUCCUUGAUUAUAGUAAUUUUGAACUCAAAGGUGAGAAACUUGAGGAACAGCUUAAAGAACAAAAAUGCAAACUUUUCAAACCAGUUGUCAUAGAUGUCUCAUUCCAUAGAACUGGGGAAUAUUACGACAUAGAAUGUAAGAAGGAAAAAUGUCCUGGUAAAGUUAAAGUUACCAGCGUUCCUCUACCUGGGUUAACAGAUUAUACUGCUUGGAGGCACACCUAUGAGAAUGAUGGAGAAAAGACCUUUACCGUAACUGGUUUCACUGAUGGAUCAGGUAUGGAUCCGGAUGAACUGACAAUAUGGGAUGUUAAAGAGGUACUAGUUUUCUUGCCGGACUGUCCGAAACUUGGCGCUGAAGAUACUGAAGCACCUUUUAUAAUCCGUGUUAGCACUGGGAAUGGAUAUGCUUAUAUGUGGUCCAAUAACUCUUGUCGGAAUGGUGGUAAGCAGGAGCUGGAGGAGAUACUAGGAAGUAAGGGUCAAAAUACGGCAAGCGGUCUUAAAACUAUUCACACUCUAGAAUAUGAUGAAGAAGAGGAAGAACUAGACGCUGUUAAAACUGCUGCUCAUCAAGGCACUCAAGCUGAUGAAGCUCAACAUCCUCCUCCACCUCUUCCUGCUGAUGGAGCCGGAGUAAACCUUGGUCAAGAACUAUGGGAUGAUAUAACUACAACUGCUGCUUCUGUACUAGGUGAGUCUAUUGUAGCUGGUGCAGCUGGACUGUAUGCUACUAGUGAGAUUAUCAGAGAAACACUUCCACUAGCUCUUCAAAUGGCUGAUACUGUUGUUACUGCUGAAGCCGAAGCGCUUCCUACACCUGCUGAACAAGACCGUGGACAGAAUGGAGUUCAACGUGAAGAGGUUCCAGCUGCUGACUUAUCUGACCAGGUUCCUGAUACAGAGUCUGAGACCAAGAUUCUCCUACAAGGUACUCCAGUGGCUCAGAUGGCUGAAGAUGCUAUUGAUGGUGAAAGGGAAAAACAGAUGACUGCCCUUUUUAAUAGUCUAUCUAGUUUACCUGAUGGAUACCCUAUUGUCGGACCUGGACCUCAACCACCUCAUCAUAUCGGUGUUGAUGGAGAUCCUAUUGUUAUUGCUACUACUAUUCCUAAGUCUGCUGAUGUUCAAGAAUUUCCUACUGAUCCAUUUCCUAGACCUAUUCUAUCAUCAUCACCCCUUCAACCUAGCGGUGUUGAAGGAUAUCCUCUUCCUAGACCUAGAUCUAAAGGAUUUCCUAUUCCCUUUGCUUCUAUUAAUCCACCUCAUCUUCCUCUUUCUAGUGGUGGUCCAGGAUCUCCUAUUGCUCCCUUUGCUACAUAUGGCUUAGGGGUUGUUGACUUGGAUGAAUAUGGUACUACUAUGCGUGGAUAUACCUCUAAAGUUGAAGAGUGGGAUGAGACUCUCCCUAUUCCUCCUAUUUUUGAAACAUUUGAGACUGUUCCUUUUCAAGAUCCUGCUGACGUAUUUGUACAAGCUUAUACUAAAUUUACUACUGGUGAUGUUCCUGAAGGAGGUAAACAAGUUGUCUCUGCACUUUCUCAACAACUUGAUGCCACAUCUUCUGAAACUCAACAUUCCAACCAGUCUAAUAUAGUUACUGGUGUUCAUAGUGGAACUUCUACUGUCGCUGGAACUCAACCUGGAGACGGAGCUGGAGGAUCUGCUCGAGCUGAAAAGGCUGCUGAAACUGUUGCUACCGGUUCUGUACUAUGGACAGCGUUUGGCUCUACCUCUUGUACGCCUGAUCUAAUUAUACUCUUGGGAAGUCUACGGAGACCCUUGGGUUAG